CGUCAUCGGGCGCCGGGCGCAAAAGCGUUAUUCUGUGCGUGGCCGGCUCCGGGUGCGGUCGUCUAGGCGAGAGUGUUCGUAGCGGUCGUUCGCCAUGGCCUCCUCCACCGGGACUCAUCCUUCCCCCGCCGCCUCAGGCGCCUCGCUCGCCCCGGCCGCGUCGUCCUCUCCCCCCGCGGGGAUCCUCAUCGGAGACCGCCUGUACUCGGAGGUGUCGCUGACCAUCGACCACUCGCUCAUCCCCGAGGAGCGGCUCUCGCCGACGCCCUCCAUGCAGGACGGGUUGGACCUGCAGAGCGAGACGGACCUGCGCAUCCUGGGCUGCGAGCUCAUCCAGGCCGCCGGCAUCAUGCUCCGCCUGCCGCAGGUGGCGAUGGCGACGGGGCAGGUGCUGUUUCACCGCUUCUUUUAUUCCAAGUCGUUCGUCAAGCACAGCUUCGAGAUUGUUGCGAUGGCCUGCAUCAAUCUUGCUUCCAAAAUUGAAGAAGCGCCUCGUCGUAUAAGAGAUGUGAUCAACGUUUCCCAUCACUUGCGCCAGUUAAGAGCUAAAAGGACUCCAAGCCCAUUGAUACUUGAUCAGAACUACAUAAACACCAAAAAUCAAGUAAUCAAAGCAGAAAGGAGGGUGCUGAAGGAAUUGGGAUUUUGUGUUCAUGUCAAGCAUCCGCAUAAGAUCAUUGUUAUGUACUUACAAGUCUUAGAAUGUGAACGUAAUCAAACACUCGUCCAAACAGCCUGGAAUUACAUGAAUGACAGCCUUAGAACCAAUGUAUUUGUUCGAUUUCAACCAGAGACAAUAGCAUGUGCUUGUAUCUACCUUGCGGCUAGAGCUCUACAGAUUCCUUUGCCUAACCGUCCCCAUUGGUUUUUGCUUUUUGGAACUACUGAAGAAGACAUUCAGGAAAUAUGUUUAGCAACACUUACGUUGUAUACAAGAAAGAAGCCUAACUAUGAAUUACUUGAUAAGGAAGUUGAAAAGAGAAAAAUGGCACUUCAAGAAGCUAAACUAAAAGCAAAAGGAUUAAACCCGGAUGGAACACCAGCCCUUUCCACGUUGGGAGGCUUUUCACCUGCUUCCAAGCCCUGCUCUCCAAGGGAAAUGAAAGCAGAAGAGAAAUCUCCGUUGUGUAUCAAUGCAAAAACUAUCAAAAAAGAACCAGAAGACAGACAAGUGGUUUCCAAGAGCCCUUACAAUGGUAUGAGAAAAGAGAGCAAAAGAAGUAGAAGCAGCAGAAGUGCUAGCAGAUCGAAGUCAAGAACAAAGUCACGGUCCAGAUCCCAUUCCCCAAGGAGACAUUACAACAAUAGACGGAGUCUCUCUGGAACCUACAGCUCAAGAUCCAGAAGCAGAUCACGUAGUCACAGUGGCAGUCCUCGGAGGCAUCAUAAUCAUGGAUCACCACAUUUAAAACCCAAGCACAGCAGAGAAGAGUUGAAAGGUGCAAAUAGACACGGUCACAAAAGGAAAAAGUCUCGUUCCCGUUCUCAGAGCAAAUCCAGGGACCACACAGAUGUUACCAAGAAACACAGGCACGAGCGAGGACACCACAGAGACAGGCGAGAGAGAUCUCGCUCGUUUGAAAGGUCGCAUAAAGGAAAGCACCACAGUGGCAGUCGCUCAGGACACAGCAGACACAGGCGCUGACGGGGGGGGGGGGCAAAUUGAACUGUCCUUUAGUUACGCUUGCAUAUUAUACCAUGUGCGGGACUGUUUGAAACUUGAAAAGAAGUCAAAUUAGGAUUUGAUUUGAAGCCCAACACCUAUGAGUAGGACUUUUUUUAAAAAAAAAAGUGUUGAAUUUUUGCACAUAAAAUACCUUAGCAGUAUCAUACUGAUUUAAAACAAUGAUCAGGUUAAAUUGUAUGUGUUAGAGUUGUAUCAAUAUGAAAACUGGAGAAUUUGUUUCUGUACAAAUGUACCUUAUUUUUAUACAAGCAUACUGCAGACAUUUCUAUUUAAGUAUAGUUAUUUGUUUAAAAUAAUGGUGAAUACUUUCUUACACUGGUUUUAGUCUGCAUGUGUGAAAAUCUUUUUACAAUAAAUAAAAUAUACCGACUGUUCUUUUUUUUUUUAAACUACUCUGUUGAAUACCUCAUUAAAUCGUCAAAAUGUGGAAAUUUUCAUACCAAAUUGCUAACUCUUUAAUGCUUGGUAACACAGACAAAUCUGCUUCGCUGGAGCUUGUUUUGAGAUAAAUGCUAUAGGAGCUUGAGGUUUUAUAAUUGGUAUGGCAUGAUAAUUUUUCAGAGUAUAAUUCAAGGAGUGAGUGGAAUGGAACUAGUCACUAGUGCAUGGUAGACGGCCAAUAAUUAUUUCCCUUUCUCCUCAUCCCUACUUAAACUUCAUAUUAGUGUUUUGCAAGCUUGCUGCUCAACUGCAGUAAUAAAAAGGACCACAGCCAGUCAUCAUUACAGCUUAAAUACAAACUGAAAAAGCUGUUGUGCUAGUAAUAGGAAGUGCAAUAAUACAAGAUUUUUAAUCCUUGGUUUUUAAUGUCUAGGAGAAGAGGAUGACUAUAAUACCUUCUCUGUCCUGGAACAAAUACUGUGGAUCUGUUGUAGCUGCCCUGAGCCUUAGUUUUCAGAGAGCCUUUUGGUAGCCGGAAGAGGACCCCCAUGUAUCUUACUCCUCAUAAUGUCUUACACCCAUUUCUGCUACAAGAAAUGUUCCUAAUGGUGACCUGUGAACGUGCUCCCCUUUUCAGCUUGUACAGGAAUUUAUAUGUAGAAGUUGACAUAGUUUUGAGGGGACGUGGCUUAUGUGUAGUAGGGACAAUCAGGAUAGCACACACUGUCCAACUGGAAGAGAGAUGGCACACGAACAAAUUAUUUUGACUAUGCCACUCGUUCAGAUUCUGUUCUUGGCAGACCACUGCAUUUCCUUUAAAGCCCCUAUUUGGAAUGCCACUUGAAUUCAACCUCAGCUGCAGGAGGGCUUGAUUUAAUUUUGCAUUUAUCACUGCUCAGAAAAAGUCCUAGCACUUUCUUGUUUAAUCUUCGUGGCCCAUGAAUCCUGUUCUGAACCCUGUAUCACAACUUUAAAGCCAUGCAAAAGAAAAAUACAGGCCUGGAUGGUAGGAGGGUAGGCUUUGAAUUCUGGUGCCUUAUUUACAAUAAUGCCUCAAGGAUUACUUUCCGUCCAAAAAAGUAGUCUGCCGUAACCAUGUGAUUAGACCAGGCUUCCUCAAGCUGCCAUCCAGAUGUUUUUGGCCUACAACUCCCAUGAUCCCUAGCUAGCAGGACCAGUGGUCAGGGAUGAUGGGAAUUGUAGUCUUAAAAUAUCUGGAGGGCUGAGGAUUAGACUGACCUUAGAUUUUUUUCAUUGGUGUAAAUAUUUCCGAUGGGGUUCUUAUGAAAUUAGCCAAAAAUAAGAGAAAUUUUGAGGUUUGGUAGGUACAUGCAAGCAUUUAAACUGCUGCAAUUGUGGAAAAUGAGUGCAUUGGUUGAAAUUCAUGGCCCAUCUGAAGUACUGGGGGUGGCUAAAUGAAGGCUAGUGAUGGUCAUUGCUGAGGAAGGUCAGGAAAUAGCAUAGGGAUGGCAAUGUCCUGUCCUAAGUAACCUUGGAAUAAUGUUACAGGUAGGUAGCCGUGUUGAUCUGCCGUAGUCAAAACAAAAUAAAAAAAAUCCUUCCGGUAGCACCUAAGAGACCAACUAAGUUUGUCAUUGGUAUGAGCUUUCGUGUGCAUGCACACUGAUCUGAGAAGCUGAUCCCCCCCCCACCUUCUAGACUGAAAUCUGUAGCCCCAGAACAUUCAUUGAUUAUGGUCACAUCCAUGCCAUGCAUUUAAAGCACUUAUCCCGUGCAAUCCUGGCAACUUGUUUAAGGGUGCUGGGACUUGAAGCUUUAUGAAAGACAAAUUCCCAGGAUUAAUUGAUGGCAGCCACACACUCUUAAAUAUACAGUGUGGAUGUUACCUAUAAGAUGGCAUGUGCUUUCACAUUUGGGAGCAGGUUAUGGUUAAGUUUGGACCUCAGCCCAGAACAUCUGCAGAAAACUAGGUGACACACUCCUGUUAGGGUGGAAAGAGGGCUAGACAGAUCCGCUAUGUCCUGGUAACUUGCUAGCUGCCACCUCCUUGCAUUCUCUCCCGCUGCUGGUUGUAUUAUCUUGCUGAAAGCGAUGUAUGACUCCCAUUGAUUAUUAGAGUUGGAUUGCACCCUUUGUCCCAUGAACCCUGACCCCUUGUGGUAUCCUCUUUGAAGAUAGAUUUAAUAUAGCCUGCUAUUUUGACACUGAAUCCUUUAUAACCAGUGACCUCAACUGGAAAACAAGUUCUCAUAUGAUCAUGGCUUUCGCAAGCCCAGCAGAGUUAUAUAGCUCAAGUCGCAAAUUCCUUUUGACCUCAGAAACAACAAAGCCUUGCCUGAUGAGCUCUGAGAACUAAAAGCACAUUUUGUAUCCCGUGUUUUAAUUGCAGGGAGGACUGCAAGGUGCUACCCAAGUAUUAAUUUACUUGACUCCAGCCUGCGUCUCUGAUAUCACUUUGACAACUGGAUAGUCAAAGCACAGCUCUUGGUACACCUAUUUGCCACUAGAUGACAGUGUUUAUUAAUAGGAAUCGGGAUUUCUGAUGAUGGUCCACAAUAACUCGAAGAUCAUGUUUAAAAAAUGAUUUUUUACAUCGAGAGCUGGACCUUGCUGCAUAUGCUAGAGCAGGGGUCAGCAACCUAAGGCCCAUGGGCCAGAAGUGGCCCGCAGAGGUUGUUUGACCGGCCCACAAGCCGCCCCCGAACUGAGUGGCCCGCUCGCAUGCUGCGCUAAACCAGCACAGCGCGGGUACUCGCUUCCACGGUGCUGGAAAUCGUGUCUGCGCAUGCGCAGACGCUGAAAAUUGCUGGCAUGUGCAUGUGAUCUGGCCCACAGAGGGAUCUCCGCGGGACCGAUCCAGCACAGGCAAGAUAAACCUUGCUGACCCCUGUGUUAGAGCUAUCAAAAAGUAGGAGCAUACAGAAGGCAGCAAUUUAAGUGAGACUUGGGCUUUCUACAGAUUGCUGUUUUCCUGCCUUGCUUGAAGAUCCUUAUCAGCUGAAAGGCCAAUCUUGCGCAGCAGGUGAGCAGAUGAGCCUCUGCUGCUUCUCACAGCCUGCCAAAUUUUCACUGGCUAAGGAGCAGCUGCUGAGGAAAUACUCCAGGACUGAUGUUGUUCCCUUCCCCUUGUCCAAGACUGACCCAAAGCUUCCCAACAUUCACUUUUGGCAUGUCAUCGUGCUCCCCCACCUUCUUCACUGCUAUAGGAACACCAACAGUGGAGGAGAGAGAGCCAUGGAAGAUUAUGCUGCUACAACCGCGGGGUGAGGGAGGUCUUCAAUAUGUCAUGCUCCCAGGACAACCUCCCAUCCUUAAAAGCACUUUUGUGUCACCGUUGAUCUCAUUGAGAUUUUGGCAUGUGCAUACUUUUCGUCCAUUGAAACCAGUAGUGCUUUAAAGUGUGUCUUUGAUUUGUUCGCUCUAACAAUAUAGUGUAUAUCAAUUGCUCUUAUGUGCUACUUGUAACACUCCAUUAGCCAGUGUGCUUUCCAAAGGCCUCUGGCUAGCUAUUGCGACAAGCCAAGCACUGUUUUGAUCCAUCAAGUGAUUAUAUUUUUAAUAAUGGCAGCUAGUUUGGUAUGGUCCAUGGUGUCACGAAGAGUCGGACACGACUAAACGACUAAACAACAACAACAACAACAAAAGUUUGUUAAUGUGUCUGAAACGGAGGGUUCAACCUCAAGGUUCUUACCUCUCCCAGAGAGGGAGGAAGGUCUUAGGAGUAUGACCGUACAUAAAUACAGGAGGAGAUCGGAAGCAUUGUAUCCCAAGUGGGCCAUUGUGUGCCCCAGAUGGAUGGAACAGCUUCAUUUAUUUUGGCAAUUCUUCUUUCAAUAGAAGAGAAAGCAAAGCAGCAGUCUCUAUACUCUGGAAUCCCCAUUCCAAGAUGUGUCUGUUUGCUGAGCACCUGUUUCUGAACCAGACACCUGAGUGAUGCCCCCCCCCUCUUUUUAAAGGAGAGGUUAUUUUGCUUUUUUCCUUCAUAAUGAUUUAGUCAAAUUUAUGCAACCAUAAUUUAUCGGUAUUUUUUUUUUACAUAUAAAAAAACCCCUUUAAUUUCAAGUCAUGUUUUGUAUGAACUGAACUAGUAUUUUAAACCACAGUACUUCUUUUUUUAAUGCUUUGGACAGCCUGCUGCCUUGACAGUGAAAUAAGGGCAACCUUAAAUGGCUCGACACCGACAAACAGGCUUUGCCCUCCUGUAACACAAUACCGCUUGAGCAUGAGAAUUCACAGCUUCACGCUGGUAAUUGCAGCUGCAGCCAGUGGCAGGCAAGUUCCCAGAAACUAAAGUCAUCUGGUGAAGUCAUGCCUUGCCAGGAGUCCUGAGUCGAGGGGCCUUGUAAUCUGUGUAAUCUUCGUGCAUAGUCAACGGGAGAGGUGACAGUCAUCACACUCCCUGAUUAACAAUUAAAGAAAAGGGGGGCAGGGGGAAGGAAUGCUCUCAUUUGAUUUGCCAACUCUCUUUUGCAGAUGCAGAAAGCCAAAGAACAUUUAGCAAGAGAAGCUAAGUGGAGUAGGGGUUACCCUGACCAACAACUUGAUGGAAAUUGAAAUGACCUCCUUUCUGACAUAUGCUUGAGGGAGAACAGCUGUAGCUUCAGCAAACAAGACCACCAGGAGACGAUGCAUAGGAUCACUUGGCAAGCGUAAUUUGCAUUUCUCAACUCUCUUGAACAUUGUGAGAUACUAUACAUGUGUGUGUAUGUGUGCAACAGAGAAGCUCUGAGUCCGUUUGGCAAGAUGGCUGCUUGAGUUACUGUUGUCAGAGCAUCUAUAGCAGGGAGAGGAACCUUUUCCAGCUCAAGGGCCACAUACCUUUCCAGGAACCUUCCGGGGGCCACAUGCUAGUGGCAAAAUGACAAGGGUGCUUCUCAGCCAAAGGAAUGCACACAGCACCUUCACUGUGUAUCUGAAGAAGUGUGCAUGCACACAAAAGCUCAUACCAAUGACAAACUUAGUUGGUCUCUAAGGUGCUACUGGAAGGAUUUUUUUUCUUUUGUUUCAACUACGGCAGACCCACAGGGCUACCACCUAUAUCUAGCACCUUCACUGGCAGAAAUAACACAGUUGCUUCUGCAGCCCUAUGCCCACCAAUCUAGAAGAAGAAGAGAAGACUUUGGAUUUGAUAUCCCACUUUAUCACUACCCGAAGGAGUCUCAAAGCGGCUAACAAUCUCCUUUCCCCUCCUCCCCCACAACAGACACCCUGUGAGGUGGGUGGGGCUGAGAGACUUCAGAGAAGUGUGACUAGCCCAAGGUCACCCAGCAGCUGCAUGUGGAGGAGCGGAGACGCGAACCCGGUUCCCCAGAUUACGAGUCUACCGCUCUUAACCACUUCACCACACUGGCUCUCAAUCUAGGCAGCCACUCCCAGGUCCAUGCCCUAUGGAGCAGCUGCAGCAACUGGGGACCACUUCCCCUCCACCGGUUGAUGUACUUUUCCCCAAUGGCCUGCACGCAUGUAGCUGGAGACUACGCCUGCAUGGAAGCCUCCUCUGCUCUUCCCACUUCACUACUCUCCUGGUUCUGGGAGCCGGUGGUGCAGGAGAGGGUGGGAAAGCACCCGGCCUUUCACUUGCCUGGCCUGCCUCUUCCUCCUCUUCCUUCAGCUCUGAAGCUUCCCCACCUCUGAUUCUCGCCUCCUGGCUGGUACAGGCUGGUACAGGCCCACACAAACCACUGCCCCACUCUCCUGAGUCAGACUCCAGGCAGGCCCCCUUCCCCUGGCGCACACUUGUCAAGCACCCUGCCAGUCCCUGGCACAAAAGUAUGCAGAGCAACAAAUGCAAGUUUCACCUUUGCACAGUUUCCAGGCAUGCUCACGUAUCCUCUAUCUCUGUCCUCUACCGAGACAAGCAAGAACCAUGAUCAGAGUUCAAGGCUGAACCAUUCUGAAAUGGUAGCAGUGCCAGUUAAUGAAACAGCUUAUUCUUGCUCCGUUGCAGGAAAGACGUAGCUCAAGGCACAGGGCUCACUCUUUGCCGGUAGUGGUAUGUGAUGUGGCAGCAGGUCACAUCGUGUACUUUUUAGAAAGGUACGCAGAGGGAUCCUGGGCUGAGGCGCCACCAUGUCACUAGGACACAAAGAUUUUAAGAGGAUGUUGCUUAGAACACUGGCUUCUUUCUAAACAGGCAUUUUCAAAGUUCUGCGUGUUUGGGGUGGGGAUAGGGAAGUUCAGGGCGAUCACAUCGUAAUGUUCUUUUCCGUUAUUGUUUUGGUUCACCAGCUUCUUUGCACAGGAUCAGGGCUUGUACUAGUGAGUUCUGGAGCGUUCUCAGAUAGUUCUUUUGAGGACGGUGUCCUGAGUUCAAAGUAUCAUCAAACUGAGCUGCUGUUGUUCCUCCGGGGAGAUCAUUUCAGCCUUUCAAAUUUCAGCUUUUUCCUACUUUUCUUAUCCUUUUGGAUUUAGCCUUCAGCUUUCGUACCUUCACUAAGAUGCUGGCUGCUGUCUUACUCUCUGGGGUCCAAUACAAUUAGCUGAAAGGGCAUCACUCGAACUGUAUAAAGCUGCUACAUUAUUAUUAUUAUUUUUAAAAAGUGAAACCUGGAAGUGCACAUUUUAAUCUUUUAGCAGUGGUGUCCUAUUUUAAAUUGGGAAAUUGGUUAGGGCGGUGCUUGUUUCAUUAAGGGUUGCCUGCUUUUGGGGGGGGGCUAUAUUUCAUUUGCUUUGUGGGUCGAGGUAGGUAUUUUGCCUGUUGGGUGGGGAGCAUCGUCAGUUUUUCUUCUGCAAAAUGGGCAUUUGGUG